AUGUUGCCAUCGCUCCUCAUAUUCAUUCUGCUACCACAGCUCAUCAGCGCACAGCCACAUAAUGUUUUCUUGGGUCAAAUAGCUCCCUAUUUACCAAUAGACCACAGGACAGCUCAUCACGAAUGGAUCUUCUCAGGAAAAUUCCAAGGUGAUAUUGAUGGUGUUGAUGAAACUUUGCUACAUCAGCCUGACGGUUCUGUUUAUUUCAAUGCUCUCAAGAAUAAGCAGCUGACUUGGACUGGAGGCAUCAUUCCGUACGAAAUGGAUUCAGCUUUUUCUUCUGCUGAAGUUCGAACAAUCGAAAAAGCUUUCGCCAGCUACAAGAAGUCGACGUGCAUUCGUUUUCAAAAGCGAACGGAUGAAACUGAUUAUCUCAACAUAGUGAAAGGAUAUGGUUGUUAUUCCCAAGUUGGACGAACUGGGGGAAAACAAGAAAUUUCUUUGGGUCGAGGUUGUCUGUUUCAUGAAAUCAUAGUUCAUGAACUCAUGCACUCUGUUGGCUUCUGGCAUGAACACAGUAGAGCCGAUCGUGAAGAUCACAUUAAAAUCAAAUGGGAAAAUAUUUUGCCUGGAAUGAAGUCGCAGUUUGACAAAAUUUCUGUUGCUCUCCAGGACUUACAAGGAGAAAAAUACGAUUACCGGUCAAUAAUGCAUUAUGAUUCUACAGCAUUUUCGAGAAAUGGUAAAAAUACAAUUGAAACAGUAGAAGAAGGUUUCACUGAUGUCAUAGGAAGUGCCACUGAUCUUUCACCUCUGGAUAUAGUCAAGAUCAAUAAGCUGUACCAAUGUAAACCAAGAAGAAAGGAGAAAUCUCGUUCGUCAACAACUGAGCGACCUAGAGAACGAGCAUCCAAAGAAAAACCAAAUGGUGACAACUCUGAAAAAUGUAUCGAUCAUUUCGUUGACUGUCCUCACUUCGCUCAGUACUGUAAGCGAGCAUCGUUUUUCUUCGUUAUGAAGAGCUAUUGUCCAUUCACUUGCAAGCAUUGCCAGCCGAAUAGUUAA